AUGCAGCCGGCCGUUCGCUCGCAAAAGCCCAAGCUUUCCCAGAAAGCUCGUCCUUUCUCGACCUCUGUCUCUCGUCGGGUCAGCAGCCAGGAAGCCCCCAAUGCCCAGGCUUUCCUUGACAGUGGAAUGAUUGCCGGUGGCAGAGAACUCGUCGAUGUGAAGAAGGUUCUCGUCAUUGGAAGUGGUGGUUUGAGCAUUGGUCAAGCUGGAGAGUUUGACUACUCUGGCUCUCAAGCCCUCAAGGCCUUGAAGGAGGCCGGUGUCCAAUCGGUCUUGAUCAACCCCAACAUUGCUACUAUCCAAACGGCUCACGUUCUUGCGGACGAGGUGUACUACCUCCCCGUUACUCCUGAAUAUGUUACCUACGUCAUUGAGCGCGAGAGGCCCGACGGUAUCUUCCUCAGCUUCGGUGGUCAAACUGGUCUUAACUUGGGUGUCAAGAUGGACAAGAUGGGCAUCUUUGAUCGCUACGGCGUCAAGGUCCUGGGUACCAGCAUUGAGACUCUCGAGACCAGUGAGGACCGUGACCUAUUCGCCCAAGCUCUCAAGGAAAUCGAUAUCCCAAUUGCUGAAUCCAUCGCUGUCAACACCGUGGACGAGGCGCUUGAUGCUGCUGAGCAAGUCGGUUAUCCCAUCAUCGUUCGGUCUGCCUUCGCACUUGGUGGUCUCGGUUCCGGUUUUGCCAACAACGCCGAGGAGUUGAGGGACUUGUCCUCUCGCUCGCUCACUCUGUCUCCCCAAAUCUUGGUCGAGAAAUCGCUCAAGGGCUGGAAAGAAGUCGAGUAUGAGGUCGUUCGCGAUGCCAGCAACAACUGUAUCACUGUCUGCAACAUGGAAAACUUUGAUCCCCUUGGUAUUCACACUGGUGACAGUAUCGUCGUGGCCCCGAGUCAGACUCUGAGCGACGAGGAGUAUCACAUGCUCCGUACUGCUGCCAUUAAGAUUAUCCGUCACUUGAAGGUCGUUGGCGAGUGCAAUGUCCAGUACGCCUUGCAGCCCGAUGGUUUGGAUUACCGUGUCAUUGAAGUCAACGCCCGUCUCUCUCGAUCCUCUGCUUUGGCGUCCAAGGCCACCGGUUACCCGCUUGCCUACACCGCCGCCAAGAUUGGUCUCGGUCACACUCUCCCGGAACUCCCCAAUGCCGUCACCAAGACGACUACCGCCAACUUUGAACCCAGUUUGGACUACAUUGUCACCAAGAUCCCUCGUUGGGACUUGAGCAAGUUCCAGCACGUCAAGCGUGAUAUUGGUAGCGCCAUGAAGUCCGUCGGUGAGGUCAUGGCCAUUGGCAGAACGUUUGAAGAGUCCAUCCAAAAGGCUAUUCGUAUGGUUGACCCCCGCUUCCUUGGUUUCCAGGGAGACAAGUUCGACGACCUCGACGAGGCGUUGCAGAACCCCACUGAUCGGCGCUGGCUCGCCGUUGGUCAGGCUAUGCUCCACGAAAACUACUCGGUCGACCGUGUCCACGAGCUCACCAAGAUUGACAAGUGGUUCCUGUACAAGCUUCAGAACAUUGUUGACUGCCAGCGCGACAUUGUCGAUGUGGGCAGCCUCUUUGGUCUCAAGAAGGAGCUCCUCACUCGUGCCAAGAAGCUUGGUUUCUCUGACAAGCAGAUUGCUCUCUGCGUUGGCAGCACCGAGAAUGAGGUUCGCGACCGCCGCAAGGGCUUUGGCAUCCGUCCCUUUGUCAAGAGAAUCGACACUCUGGCCGCUGAAUUCCCCGCUGAUACCAACUACCUGUACACGACUUACAAUGCUUCUUCGCACGAUGUCACCUUUGACGAUCACGGUGUGAUCAUUCUUGGUAGCGGUGUCUACCGUAUCGGUAGCUCCGUCGAGUUCGACUGGUGCGCUGUCAACGCUACCCUCUCCCUCAAGGAGAUGGGCAAGAAGACUGUCAUGAUCAACUACAACCCCGAGACCUACUCCACCGACUUUGACACUGCUGACAAGCUCUACUUUGAGGAGCUGAGCUACGAGCGUGUCAUGGAUAUUUACGAACUCGAGUCUGCUAGCGGUGUUGUCGUCUCCGUCGGUGGUCAGCUGCCUCAAAACAUUGCUCUCCGUCUUCAGGAGACUGGUGGUGCUCACGUUCUUGGUACUGAUCCGGUUGACAUUGACAAGGCUGAGGACCGUCACAAGUUCUCUCAAAUCUUGGACAGCAUUGGUGUCGACCAGCCCGCCUGGAAGGAACUUACCUCUGUUGCCGAGGCUCAGACCUUUGCUGAGCAGGUUGGCUACCCCGUCCUCGUCCGUCCCAGUUACGUCUUGUCUGGCGCUGCCAUGAAUGUCAUCCACAGCGAGGCCGAGCUCAAGGACAAGCUCCUCUCUGCUAGCGAAGUCUCCCCUGACCACCCCGUCGUCAUCACCAAGUUCAUCGAGGGCGCUCAGGAGAUUGAUGUGGACGCUGUUGCGUCUGCUGGCAAGCUCCUCGUUCACGCCGUCAGCGAGCACGUUGAGGCUGCUGGUGUUCACUCUGGUGAUGCCACCCUGGUUCUUCCCCCUGCCGGUCUCGACGAGAACACUGUCCAGCGUGUCAAGGGCAUCGCCGAGAAGGUUGCCAAGGCCUGGAAAAUCACUGGACCCUUCAACAUGCAGAUCAUCAAGGCUGAUGACCCCAGCGGCGGUGAAUCCGCUCUCAAGGUCAUUGAGUGUAACCUCCGUGCUUCCCGUUCCUUCCCCUUUGUCAGCAAGGUUCUCGGUACCAACUUCAUCGAGGUUGCCACCAAGGCCCUUGUUGGACGUGAUGUUCCCGAGCCGGUUGACCUCAUGGCUGAGAAGCGUGACUACCUUGCUACCAAGGUUCCCCAGUUCUCUUGGACCCGUCUCGCUGGUGCCGACCCCUUCUUGGGCGUCGAGAUGGCCAGUACCGGUGAGAUUGCUUGCUUUGGUAAGGACCUCGUUGAGGCCUACUGGACCAGCUUGCAGUCUACCAUGAACUUCCGUCUGCCCGAACCUGGUGAGGGUCUGCUCUUUGGCGGUGACAUCACCAAGCCCCAGCUCUCCAAGAUUGUCGACUACCUCAGCCCUCUCAAGUACAAGUUCUUCGCCGCCAGCCCCGAGGUCAAGAAGCACCUUGAGGAGACUUCUGCUGAGCACGUCGAAGUCGAGGUCAUUGAGUUUCCCAAGGAGGACAAGCGUGCCCUCCGUGAGGUCUUCCAGAAGUACGACAUUCGUGGUGUUUUCAACUUGGCUGCCGUUCGUGCCUCUUCUCUUCUUGACGAGGACUAUGUCAUGAGAAGAAAUGCCGUCGACUUUGGUGUUCCCUUGUUCAUGGAGCCCAAGACCUCUGUGCUCUUUGCUCAGUGCAUGAACGAGAAGCUGCCCCGCAAGGAGGGCAUCCCCAGUGAAGUCCGCCGCUGGUCAGAGUUUAUUGGCGGCAAGCCAUUGUAA